AUGGCGUCUGUUUCUUACCAUAUCUCCAAUCUUUUGGAGAAGAUGACAUCCAGUGAUAAGGAUUUUCGUUUCAUGGCUACCAAUGAUUUGAUGUGCGAGUUACAAAAAGAUUCAAUUAAACUUGAUGAUGACAGUGAAAGAAAGGUGGUUAAGAUGUUGCUGAAGUUGCUUGAAGAUAAGAAUGGUGAAGUACAAAAUCUAGCUGUCAAAUGCCUUGGACCUCUGGUGAGCAAAGUCAAGGAAUACCAGGUUGAAACCAUAGUUGAUACAUUAUGUAGUAAUAUGUUGUCAGAUAAAGAACAACUUAGAGAUAUUUCCAGCAUAGGUUUGAAGACUGUUAUUAAUGAACUUCCACCGGCCUCGUCUCCCUUGGCUGGUAACAUAUGCAAACGUAUUACUGGAAGAUUGACCAGUGCUAUAGCUAAGCAAGAAGAUGUAUCAGUACAGUUAGAAGCUCUAGACAUCCUUGGUGUUCUCAGCAGAUUUGGAGGUUUGUUGGUGAGUUUCCACCCAUCUAUCCAGGCUAGUUUAUUACCUCAACUGACCAGUCCAAGGCUUGCUGUGCGAAAAAGGUCUAUUAUUGCCAUAGGUCAUUUAGUUGUAAGUUGUAAUAAUGCCCUAUUUGUUGAAUUAAUGGAUAAUUUACUAUGUGAACUCAGUCAGAAUGCAAGUGUUUCUACUACAAGAACAUACAUACAGUGUAUUGGUGCUAUCAGACGAGAUGACGUGAGGUGUGAAUCCUGGGCCUAUCAUUUCGACAUUGCUUUUGAAUCGUUUGUUAGAAGAUGUCCCAAAGAAGUGGCUCCACAUGUGUCUACAAUCAUUGAGUUGUGUCUGGAGUAUAUUUGCUAUGAUCCAAAUUAUAAUUAUGAGAGCGAUGAAGAUGAAGACACAAUGGAUGCAGAUGAUGAAGAAGAAGAAGGUGAAAGUGAUGACGAGUACAGUGAUGAUGACGAUAUGAGUUGGAAAGUACGGCGUGCCUCAGCUAAAUGUUUGGAUGCUAUCUUUGCCUGUCGAGCUGAGAUGCUGCCAGAAUUCUAUAAAGUAGUAUCACCAGCCUUGAUCACAAGGUUCAAAGAACGUGAGGAGAAUGUGAAGUCUGAUAUUUUUCAUGCCUAUAUAACAUUACUCAAACACACCAAACCAAUGCAGAGUGGUUAUAUUGAUCCUGAUGCAAUGGAACAAGAAGAUGCGUAAACUGUUGUGAUGCUUCGCCAACAAGUGCCAGCAAUUGUCAAAGCAUUACAUAAACAGCUGAAAGAAAAGAGCAUAAAGACAAGACAAGGUUGUUUUUCAUUGCUGACAGAGCUAGUUACUGUAUUGCCUGGUGUUUUAUCUGACCAUAUUGGUGUGUUAGUACCCGGUAUACAGUUUUCACUUGGUGAUAAGAAUACCAGUUCCAAUAUGAAGAUAGAUACGUUAUCAUUCUUACAUUGUUUGAUGUCAAGUCAUUCUCCACAAGUAUUUCAUCCUCAUAUAGAUCAGCUUGUACCACCUGUUGUUAAUUCGGUUGGUGAUCCGUUUUAUAAGAUAACAUCAGAGGCCCUAUUGGUGACACAAACCAUGAUAAAAGUGAUCAGACCACUUGAUUUCAAGUGUACGUUUGAUUUCACUCUGUAUGUGUUGGAUUUAUAUGGAUGCACCUACACCAGACUGAAAGCUGCUGACAUAGACCAGGAAGUUAAAGAAAGGGCAAUCUCAUGCAUGGGUCGUAUUAUCUGCAAUCUAGGUGAUCAACUAACGAAUGAGUUGAAAACGUGCCUACCAAUAUUUUUAGAUCGACUGAAAAAUGAAAUUACUAGAUUAACCACAGUGAAGGCAUUAACGCUGAUAGCAGGCUCACCGCUAAAGAUAGAUAUAAGACCUAUCUUGAAAGAAGGUGUUCCUAUAUUGGCAUCUUUUCUACGCAAGAAUCACCGUGCUUUGAAGCUAAGUACACUACUAUGUUUAGAUGUACUUGUCAAGAAUUAUGGUCCUGCUUUGUCAAGUUCAAUGAUAGAUGGCGUAGUGGAAGAGUGUCCGCCAUUGAUCAAUGAAAGUGAUUUACAUGUCUCGCAGUUGACAAUGAACUUGUUGACAUCCAUAUCAAAAAUGCACAGUAGCUGCAUGUCAAGGAUCGACAAAACUAUAUUACCAGAAGUGUUUAUUCUCGUCAGGUCUCCUCUGCUGCAAGGCAGUGCAUUGAAUGCAAUGUUGGAGUUUUUUGAAGCACUCGUCAUAACUGGAUCUCCCAACACUGGGUUUAGAGAGCUCUUACAGAUGCUAAUUAAUCCUGUGUACAAUCCAACACCGGCAACACAACCGAUAAAUUCACCAUUUGCUGUGCAUAAACAGGUAAGAAAGUUCAUAUUAUUUACCGUAAUCAGUUCUACUGUGUGUAGCAGCAUGACGAUUACUUGUUCCAGAGAAGGAUCUGCUGUUGUGCUACAGUUUGUCAGUGAUGUCAAGGUAGGAACCAACACUUUUGAUCUCAGUAGCCAAGCUGAUUUACAGUCUGUUAUAAUCAACGCUUUCUCAUCACCAAAUGAAGAGGUAAAAUCAGCCGCGUCAUAUGCAUUAGGUAAUGUUAGUGUUGGAAAUUUGUCUCUGUAUUUACCCUUUGUGUUGAAUGAAAUAGAAACACAGCCAAAGAGACAAUAUCUAUUAUUACACUCACUGAAAGAGAUUAUUGCAUGUCAGUCAGUCAACCGCACAUCAGUGGACAUUCUCAAACCAUUCGUUGGGAAUAUUUGGGAUUUACUUUUUAAUCAUUGUGAAUGUGCAGAGGAAGGUACACGGAAUGUUGUGGCAGAAUGCCUUGGUAAACUUACUCUUAUAGAUCCUGCUUCAUUACUACCUAAAUUAAAGCAAAAUUUGUCCUCACCUUCACCGUAUACUAGAAGUACAGUAGUUACAGCAGUUAAAUUCACAAUUUCAGACCAUCCACAACCAGUGGAUUCAUUGCUGAAAGUCUGCAUCGGUGAUUUUCUGAACACAAUGCAGGAUCCUGAUCUGAAUGUCCGUCGUGUUGCCUUGGUAACAUUUAACUCAGCUGCACAUAAUAAACCAUCAUUAAUUCGAGACCUGUUAGAUGACAUACUUACACAUUUGUACAAUGAAACAAAAAUAAGGAAAGAUCUGAUUCGUGAAGUUGAGAUGGGUCCUUUUAAGCAUACUGUGGAUGAUGGUUUGGAUAUCCGAAAGGCUGCCUUUGAAUGUAUGUAUACACUACUAGAUUCUUGCCUGAACAGGAUAGAUAUCUUUGAAUUUUUGAACCACGUGGAGGAUGGACUUAAAGACCAUUAUGAUAUCAAAAUGCUUACAUACCUAAUGUUAGCCAGGUUAUCAUAUCUAUGUCCUAGCGCUAUUUUGCAACGUUUAGACAGAUUGAUUGAACCAUUGAGAGCCACAUGUACUACCAAAGUAAAAGCUAACUCUGUCAAGCAAGAGUUUGAAAAACAAGACGAAUUGAAAAGGUCUGCAAUGCGAGCUGUAGCAGCAUUAAUGGCUAUACCAGAUAGUGAUAAAAAUCCUCUGAUGAAUGAAUUUGUCUCUCAGAUCCGCUCCAGUCCUGAAAUGUCUACUAUGUUUGACAGUAUUCAGAAAGAUGCAGCUGCCAGUGUCAGUUCAGAUUCACUCAUGGAUACAAGCUAAAUAUCCAACUAUCCGCUGUUUGUUUCAUGCCCCUACAAUAAUCAUAUUUCAAUAAAUACAAACUAUAGUGAGGUGCAGUU